AUGACCCACGGUCCCCCGCACGGCAUCCUCGACUAUACCUUCAACGGCCAGCGCGCCGGCUGCAGCACACUCUUCCAGGCCGUCUACAACGCCAGGCCCAAGAUUCACUGCUUCGGCCACAUCCACGAGGCCUGGGGCUGCUACCUCGCCUCAUGGAUGGACUACAGUUACACGGCCGUCAUGAGGACAGCCAUGGCAGGCUCGCACUUGCCAAUUCCCACUUGGGAGAACUCAAUCGACGCCGCUAUGUCGCGCCUCUCGACGCUGACCGACUUGGAGCAAAUAUACCGCUCCUUCAAUUAUUUCCCGCCUGGCCCCGAGGCCCUGGGCAAGCUGGUGGACCAGCAGUCGAUCCAUAUCGACUUGACAGAAGGCCACUCUCGCCUGGAGCACGGGAGGCAGACGCUGUUCGUCAACGCGGCCAUCAACGACUUCAGAUACAACACGACCCAGCGGCCGUUUCUGGUCGACGUUUACCUCGACAAGGACGAGGGUCAGGAAGUGAUCCAGGACGGGCCCACGGGCGAAGCCUUGGCCGAUGAGAUCCUCAAGUCUGCUGCGGCUGCCGUGGCCAACAACUAUUCGACCGAUUCGACGCUCCCGUGA